ACAUUUCAAGCGCGUAUUAGAUUUCUUCACAUGGCAAAGCACAACUCGACAACUUUAGCACAUCCCCACAGAAUAUUACUCUCUGGCUGACGCGGCGGGAACACGAUAAAAUCCUCAGUAUAAAUAGCGCGCCAACGCCGCGUCGCAGUUGAUCAGACCAAACCCAAGAAGAACACAAGAAUUCGAAGCUAUAGCCCAAGAAUUCAUUGGGUCGGUGAAGAUGAGCGUGGAGAUCCUGGACGGGAGGACGGUGGAGAGCUUCGUGGAGGACGAGGGCGCCUUCAACUCCACGGUGGACGACCGGUUCGCGGCGCUGGACGCCGACCGCGACGGCCGGCUGUCCUACGCCGACAUGGCUGGGGAGCUGAUGUCGCUCCGCGUGCUGGAGACCCACUUUGGCGUCGACAAGGCCGCCAUGGGCGCCGACGAGCUCGUGGAGCUGUACCGCGGCCUGUUCGCCCGGUUCGACCGCGACGGCGACGGCGCCGUCGACCGGGAGGAGUUCCGGGCGGAGAUGAAGGAGGUGAUGCUCGCCGUCGCCAGCGGGCUCGGCUUCCUGCCGGUGCAGAUGGUCGUCGAGGAGGGCAGCUUCCUCAAGAGGGCCGUCGAGAGGGAGCUCGCCAAAGCUGCCUAGUCGGCCAUGGCGCGAGCUGCACUGCACUGUGUCCGGAAGGGAUUCUGGCUACGGAGUGCAGGCGUAUCGAUCGAGAGAUUUUUGUUUGUACUAAUUAUUCAGCAUUUGUACGAGAGUUAUCAGUACGCACCAUGCCCGAUUUGCGUCCUGUUGCUGAAUGACAAUUCAGCUAUGUAACCCGGAUGAUGAUUAAUUUUUGUUUGAUUUGAAUUAUUUAGUGUCAACAAUUAAUAAAAUCCUGAUCUUAUCGAUGUCAAAGGAAAGGCAAAUACCUGAUUUCAGUAA